CUAUAACAGGUGCCAUAGUUGAUCUAAGUGUCCCAGAAAAUGAGGAUAGGUUUAGAAAUAUAAAUAGGGAGACCCAAGCCUCCCCCGUUAUGUCCAGGAUUUAAGCCCUGUUCAUAUCCCCCGUCAGAAUACCUAUGCUAUUGGGUACACUGUUCAGAUAGCGUCGGUCGUAUUUGGCUUGGAAAAAUGACGGCUGAAACGGGUUUUGUCCCCACUAUGUUGUCUCUCUCGUCAGAGAGGGCUUACUUGUGGGUAUGGGCUGUGGGUGCUGGGGUUGUGGCGAUAUUCGUGCUCUAUCUUACAAAAUGUAUUUCUCGUCGCAGUUUCGCCUACGCUCAUGGUUGUCAAGCACCACCACGGUAUGCCCACCAGGACCCUUUCCUGGGGUUGGACUCCUUGCGUGAUUCCAUGCAGGCGAGGAAAUCCGACAGGUAUUUUCGAAGAGAGCAGCAACUACAUCAAAUCUAUGGCAACACCUUCAGUUCGCUGUUGUUAGGCAGCUGGAUGGUGAAUACAAUUGAGCCAAAGAACCUGGAAGUUCUCUUUUCUACUAGAUUUACCGAUUACGAGGUUGGAUUCCGGCGUCGGAAUGCUUUUGCCCCCUUGUUUGGCAAGAGCAUCUUCCAAAGUGAUGGAGCCCGUUGGCAAACAUUACGAUCGCAGCUACAAUUAUGUUUCUCGCGGGUGCAAACGUCGCAGCUGGAGCUCCUGGAGGGUCACUGUCAGCGUCUCCUGGCAGCCCUUCCUCCUGAUAACCAGCACUUCGACCUGGCGCUGUUUCUCCAUCGCUUUGCCGCCGAUGUUUCAACAGAUUUCCUUUUCGGAGAAUCAAUCAAUUCUCUCGAGAACCCCCAGAACCUCGACGGCGGUGCCUUGAAAGCUUUCGCCGACACUCAUAGCACCUGCGAGCUUCGAUGGCUGCUGGGAUCAAUGUCAUGGAUCUGGCCCCAGCGUACAUUUAGAAAAAAUGUUCGCUUGACACACCGUUUCAUCCAACGAUACGUUGAUGCGGCUUUGCGACGUGAAGUCACACCACCGGGCAAGGACUCGGAUCAGCCAAACGAGCAGCGGAUUCUAUUUAUCGACCAACUUCGACAACGAACGCAAGAUCCCACCGCACUCCGGGAUGAGCUGACGACAUUAUACUUUGCAGGGACAGACGCCCCGGCCGCCUUGCUUAUCAACCUGUUCUUUGUGCUCUCCAAGAGCCCGGAUGUGUGGGAUCGUGUACGCUCCGAGGUCCAGUCGCUGGGAGGGAAAUCCCCCGAUCUCCAACAGCUCAAGGGCCUCCGAUAUGUGCAAGACUGCAUUCGCGAAUGUCUUCGCCUUUAUCCGCCUCAGCCCUCCAACUCCCGCGUUGCCAUACGAGAUACCAUCCUCCCCACUGGCGGUGGUCCAGAUGGAAGUUCGCCCGUGUUAGUACCCAAGGGCAUGAUGGUUCAUCUUUCAGUCUAUGCCCUUCACCACCGGAAGGACCUCUGGGGCGAGGACGCGGAUGAGUUCCGCCCGGAACGAUGGUCGUACGAAAAGCAAACCUGGAAAUAUAUCCCGUUUCUCGGGGGUCCCCGCAAUUGUGUAGGCAUGGAUUUCGGUCUAAACGAAGUGGCGUAUGCUGUGGUACGAAUGGCGCAAAACUUCAAGUGUAUCACCAGUGUUGAUCCCGACCAAUGGGUCGAAGGGUCCAGUAUCGCGCUGGAGUCGAAAAAUGGCGUUAAAGUGGUCCUGUACAGGGAUGCAUAAAUAUCCCUCCUAUAGGAAUAAAUAAAACAGCGAAUCUGGACACAGCAAUGUUGUACACAUAGGAAUGAUUAUUACAAGUGGUGGGCCCGAUGGGGUGAAUUUCACUCCACUAUUGGCGCUAAUGCGGCAUACAUACAGAGUUAGCUGGCUUAGUGCUGACAUCUCAAAGCCCUAGUUCUCUCAGGCAUUAAUA